AUGGAGAUGAAGUUACCUGAACAAGUGCAUCAAGUCUGCAGAUUAUGUGGACAAUUCGAAAGUAUAUAUAUUGAUAUUUUUGGCGAGGAAGGUACUAGAAGGUUGCUUGGAUUAAAAAUCCAUAACAAAAUAAAUAUUGUGAUACAUGAGACGGAUCCUCUGCCAAAGACUAUAUGCGUUCAAUGUCUGGGUAAACUUGAAUUCGUUUGUGACUUUCAAGAGGAAUGUCUACGUACCCAACAGCUGUUACGCGAUCAGUAUGAUGUACCUUCUACUAUACAAGACAUCGAGGAAAAAAUAACGGUGGAAAAUCUAAAUAUAGCAGAGUCAAUAGUGAUCCCAGAACCACCUAGUACGUCGACCAACAAUAUCAAUACUGACAAAAACCAUAAUUCAACAGCAGACAUAGAAAAUGUUGAUCCAACGCGGGAAGAAAAUUUUAAAGAUGUUAUUGAGCCAACUGAAAUUACAACAAAACCGAAAAGAACAACACGAACUUCACCGCAAACACGGUCUAAAAAUAGCGAUAAAGAUAGUCAUACGAAUGAAGAUGUUGUCGAUGAAAUACCUAAUCGAAGAUGGUUAAGGAGCCGUAAUAUAACUGAAUCUCGAAUAAAAACAAGAAAAAAGUCGAAAUCAAAAAAUAUCUCACUGAAAAAAGUUUCUUCGAGGACAAAGUCAACCUUAAAAGAAGGAGUAUCAAUAGUAACUCGAUUACGAAGUCAAAAUCAAAAUCAGAACCGAGUUAAUUCAAACUCUGAGGCUAUUAGUGAAAAAACGAGUAAUAAUUCCAGUGCUUCAAAAACUCAAGAAAAAGUUACUGAUGAAAAUGGAAUGAUCCAGAUACCAACUUCAGCAUUAAAUAAAGUUUUAACUGCUGUAUCAUCUUCGCCAGAAGUUGAAGUUUCUGUUAAAGAAUCAAGCAAUCGUAAUGGUGAUAUCGAAGAUAUUAGUUUUACGUUAGAAUUGAGAAAAAAACAAGAAACAGAGUCAACUGUUACUGUAUUAGCUCGUGUUUUUCCCGAUCAAGGUUCAUGUCUUGUAGGGUCGGAAAUAAUUAAUCUAUUGGAAGAUGAAAAUAAUUCCGAGUUAAGUCAAAUUAUAAAUUCAAUUGUGAAAGGUAAAAAUAGUAAAGAUUUACCCUCUACGAGAACAGCUGAAUUAGAGGAAUUGGAAAAACGAUUGUCUAGUAUCAGUGACAGUGGAGGUGGCGGUAUUAUAUCAUCGAGAAAUCCUGAAGAGCUUUUUCGCAUUGAUGGUGAAGAAAUUCGCGUUGAUGACAACGUUGAAAGUACCACGGUUGACGGUCAAUCUGGAUAUUCGUGUAAAUUAUGUCGUAAAUUUUAUGAACGCCGGGAUAAAUGCACUGUUCAUGUAAAAACACACCUUGGUAUAAAACAAUAUGCUUGUACACUGUGCGUUGCUAAAUUUGUAUGUAAAUCAGAUGUUAUGAAACAUAUAAGAUGUUCACAUACAAAUCCACGACCUAUGCAGUGUCCUAAAUGCCCAAAACGUUUUAGAUCAAAGUUCGAUUUGACUGAGCAUGAUAAUGUUCAUAAAGGCAUUAAGCCAUACCAAUGUUCCGAUUGUGGACAGAGUUAUCAUCAUAAAGUGUCCUUACAAAUGCACGUUAAAUCACAUCUUCCACCGCAAAAUUUAGCUUGUGAAUAUUGCGGUAAAGUAUUUCCAUUCCGUACACGUUUGCUAAGUCAUAUUGGUAGUGUACAUUUGAAGAAUAGACGUAAUUUUCGAUGUCGUUUUUGUUAUAAUCUUUACUCAAGUUUAGCUGUCUUAAAUGAUCAUAUUAAAACACGACAUGCAACAACUUAUACAUGUGAAAUUUGUUCUAAAACAUUUAAAGUUGCGUCCAAGUAUAAAGCACAUGUAUUACAACAUUCAAAUCCAAAACCAUUUGUCUGCAAUGUUUGUAAUAAUCGUUAUGCAUCAAAAGCAUUUUUAAAUGAACAUCUGCUAAAACAUGAGGGAUUAAGGAAGCAUAUAUGUCAAAAGUGUGGAGCUAGCUUUGCUCAAGCCAGUCAUCUAGCUGCACAUCGUCAUGUACACGGUGAAAAAACCCAUGCUUGUCCUGAAUGUGGUCGAAAAUUUAAUAGACGUGAUAAUAUGAAAAUAGAAGAAAAUGAUGGCUUAUCUCAGGUUAUUUGCAUACAAUGUUUAGGAAAUCUUGACACUUUAUGUGAUUUUUAUGAAAAACCUCAUGCAAUUCAACAUGACUUAAACAAAAAGGAAGGACAAGGAAAUGAUAAUGAUAAUUGUUCUGAAGAUUCUGAAUCACCUGAUGAAAAUAAAGAAAAUGAGCUUCCUCCAGAUUCUAAAUCACCUCCAACUGUUCUAGAAAAAAAAGUUACUUUAAACUGUAAAUCAUCAAUAUCUCCAUCAGAACUCGAGUCAACUUCAAAUUCAACUAACUUACCUUCAACUUCAACUUCAACUCACCCACCAACAGAAGUCAUAAGUCGAGUUUUAGCAGAUAUUACAGAUCAACAUCAACAACGUCCAAGAUCUAAUCUUUGUAAAGAAUUGUUCCCUUCAGCUUCAAGAGGUAUUAAAAGGCGGCGUGAAUCUUCAGACCCACCAGAAUAA